GCCCAGCCCGCAGGCGGCAUUGUUUUUGACGCGCCGCGGGAUACGCACGGCAGUCAGCCUUGUUCGUCCAACAACUCGACUCACAGACAAGCGGUGGCCAACAUCUCGCCUUGCGCCGAGGCCUGUGCGUUACAAACGAAGCCAUACUGCAUUAGAGAGCAUCCAGCCCAAGCAGGCGCGCAACAAAGAUGGACGACGAGCUCCUCUGGGAGGUCAUCUUAAGCUACGUCGGCAACGGCAGCAAGGCGGCGCCGACGGCCAAGAUCCUGGGCGCGGCCGCGCGGAGCCGCGCGGCGCGGCCCUACUUUCUCACUGCUUUGAAAAGAGGCGCCGCGCCCGUGGCGCUGCCCGCUAGAUUAGAAAGCGCGGCGCGGCGCAUCGGCGGCUUUUUACUGCGGCGCGCGCGGGAGCGCAUGGGCAAGGAAGAAGAACCGCGGCCCAAGCAAGAACAAAUACCAGAUAUCAAGACGACGGUCAAACAGCUCAUCAACGAGAUCAAGCCGCCGGCGCCGCCGCACAUUGCCGUGCUCUUUGCUUCUGGAGGCUGGGCAGGGCGCCUGGCUGAUCUUAGGGAGGCCCUCCGGAGCGUUUUACCAGCCUCGACGGUGUUGCUGGGGGGCGCGGCUCCCGGUGUGUUAGGUGCGACACAGUCUGUGGUGGACGAGGUCGAGCCCCGCGACGAGCACGGCGCCAUCUCCCUCGGUCUGAUCCGGCUGGACGGCGGCGCUAGACUGUCCUCGCUGUACGUGCCGCCCUUCGGCGACCCCCACGCGCCGCCCCAGGAAGUCGUGGGUAAAUUACCCGGGCCCGAGGACGGCCCCGAGCACGCGCCUCGAUUGAUGCUGGUAUUAAGUGAAGAUCAAAGAGCGGCCCACGCGGCGUUGCAGAAAGUCCAAGAUAACCGGGAGGCCUGGACGAAGGCCGGGUUCCCGCCGUGUGCGGUUUCCGGCGGGUUGUUGGGAGCGAGAAACGUCGGGAUGGGCGGCGCUUUGCUUGUAGAUGAUGGAGACAUAAUAAGGCCGGACCUCAGCGAUGAUAGUGGAGCGGGCUGUCUUGUACUAAGUAUAGCGGGCCAGACGCGGGCAUCAAGCGCUGUCAGCAGAGGCGCCGCGAUCGUGGGCCCCCACGUCUACAAAGCGGCGGACGUGUCGACGUGGCGCGUGGGAAUCUGCCCGGGCCACGCCGUCACCAUGGGCAAGGCUGACUCGCUAGUAGUCAAGGCGUCGAGGUACAACAAGGAAGCGCCCUUUGAAGCUGUGGAAGCGACUCAUGUGUCUCCAGGGGCCUCAUUGAGAGAAGUGCAGCAGUUCGUCGCGCAGGGGCGCAUGCCACGGCCUUUAUAUUUUGGGGUGAGACCUUAUGAUGGCGAGGACGAGGCGCCGACCGACGGCUACAAUUUACUCACACCGCAGCAUCUGGACGACGAUGGUUCCUUAGCGUUGGACGGCGACGUCGACGAGGGCGCGUGGUGCGCCUGGCUCACAUUGGAGCCAGACGCGUCGGUCUCAGAACUCGAGGCCGCCGCCGAAGCCAGUCGUGUCGCGUUACGGCUGGAGAGCAAAUCUCGCGGUGCUAGAGCAUUGCCGCUGCGGUCGGGCCUCGACGAGACGCUCAGCGUGCUCGGCGGCCUAGUGUUCACGUGCUCUGGAAGAGGCGCGCGGUUCCACAAUUUGAAGCCGAACCGCGACUCGCUGGCGUUGAGAGCUGGUAGGAGGAACCUGCCUUUAGUCGGCUGCUUCUGCAACGGCGAGAUCGGCCCGCCGCCCUUUAGAGAAAGGGGCGGUGGCACGGUCGCCGAGGGCGAGGCCCACGUCGCGGGCUUUACGUGCUCGGCCGUCGUUUUACGGUUAGACGGCGCCGAGGACGCGCAACACCCCCCUGUAUAAUACUAUGGAUCUCAAA